GUACAUCUCCGCGGCCGUGCCCCGCCUCUCGGGCGCCUGGGCGCCGGAGGGGCCGCUGGUCUACCGCGACCAGACGAAGCCCGUGCGCGUGCCGGGGGCGCCCGCGCCCACGCACGACUCCCCACGGCGGAGGCCUUCCGGCGGCUCCGCGAGGGGGGGCAGGCGGUGUACUACUCCAGGUCCCUGGCGGGCUUCGCCGCGCAGCGCUGCGACUUCGAGGCGCUGGCGGGGGACGUGGACGCGCGGCCCUUCGAGCUCUCGGACAACCGGCGCGAUCCCAACUGGACGAGGGAGGAGUGGACCCAGGUAUGGCUGCACGGGGGUGCCACGACGAACGCGCACUACGACGUCGCCGACAAUUUCUUCGUGCAGGUCCGGGGCACGCGCACCUUUCGCCUGGCUGGCCCGUCGGCGCCGCUCCGCGUCUACCCCUUCGUCCACGAGCACCACCGCCAGGUGCUCCCUGGCGAGUUCGAGCCCGAGGAGGCGGUGGAGCUGAGUCCUGGUGACGUAUUGUUUCUGCCGGCCUUCUACUCAAGGGGUCUCCUCGCCCCCGGGCGACGUCUCCAUCGCCGUCUCCGUGUUCAACAACUGCCGCGCGUGCGACGCGGCGGCGCUCCUGCGCGCCGUGGCCCUGCCGGAGAGCGUGCGGCGGGCCGAGGGCACGGAGGAGGGGCUCCGACGGCGCGUGCGGGCUGUGGCGGAGGUGGUCGUCGCCACGCUGAAGGAGCUGGGCCUGGGGGCGAAGGCCUUCCUGCAGCAGAUGUGCGCCCUCCGCUUCUCGCACCUGGGCGGCUACGACAGCGCGCGGUGCCCGCGCCGGACCCCGCCGAGCGCGGCCCUGCUGGCGGAGGCGGAGGCGACGGCGCACGGACUGUCCGAGGUGGUCGCGGCGCUGGAGGCCUCGAGCGCCCGCAGCGGCGCCCCCGCGGGGUACACCGCGGGCGUGACCCGCGUGCUGGUCUCGAACUACGUCGAGGACCUGGCCGCCGGCGCAGUGGGGCCUCAGCGCUCGGCGCUGUUUCUGCAGUGCUUGGCCGAGACGUCGGCGUAGGGGAGGCGGCGGUGGCACCCGACACACCUCGAAGCUCCCCGCGCUGCCCCCCCCCAGCUCCAGGUGGAAGACGACGAGGAAAACGAGGAGCAGGACAAGCAUGA